CACAGUUGCAUAGUAGCUCUCGGAACCUUAUCACAACUGUGGUGUGGUGCAAGUAUGUGAUACAAUACAAUGCAAAAGCUCUAUGCAAUGUCUCUCAGAAGCAGCGGUUUCUUUUGGUUCCAAAUAAAUUGCUCCGAUUCGAAGCAAGGUGGUCGUGGUUUUGGAGAAAACUCCAACAGGAUUAAGACCAACAAAUCUGACAAGGGUCUCGUGUCGCAGCAAAGUGUCAAGGGACCAGCACCUAAACAGUCUCGCUCUCUUUCUUCUCAGGCGCCCCGUUUAAGUUCACAACUUGACGGCAAAUCUAGGAACGAUUUUUUGGAUGUUGACUUUGAGGAACGCCUAAAAACAGUUAGAAGGUCAGCACUUGAGCAGAAGAAGGCAGAGGAGCAAAAGGAGUUUGGAGCAAUUGACUAUGAUGCACCAGUUUCUUCCGACGAAAAGACAAUUAGCCUUCCUACUAAGAUUGGAGUGGGGGUAGCUGUUGUAGUCUUCGGUCUGGUUUUUGCUUUUGGAGAUUUUCUUCCAUCGGGAAGUGUUAGUCCUACGGAUGAAAGUGCUGUUGUCAAUAGUAAGUUGUCCGAGGAGGAGAAAGCUACUCUCCAGAGUAGGCUCAAGGAAUUUGAAGCAACAUUAAGUAUUUCCCCGAGAGAUCCAACUGCUCUUGAAGGAGCUGCAGUAACUUUGGCUGAACUAGGGGAAUAUGCAAGAUCUGCUUCUCUACUUGAUGAUUUGACGAAGGUAAAACCAAGUGAUGCUGAUGUUUUUCGUUUGCUUGGAGAAGUUAAAUACGGACUCAAGGAUUAUGAAGGGAGUGUUGCUGCAUAUAAAAGUUCAGCAAAGGUGUCCAAAGAUAUCCAACUUGAAGUUCUCCGUGGCCUUACCAAUUCAUUACUCGCUGCCAAAAAGCCGGAGGAGGCUGUUCAAUUACUUUUGACUUAUCGUAAGGAUUUGAGUUCCGAAAACUUAAGCAAAAGUUCUAAUAGCAACCCAUCAGACUCACAGAAGCUGGACCCUGUCCAAGUUGAAUUACUUCUAGGGAAAGCCUACUCAGAUUGGGGCCAUGUCAGUGAUGCUGUAGCUGUUUAUGAUCAACUCAUAUCCACUUACCCUAAUGAUUUUCGUGGAUACUUAGCUAAGGGAAUCAUCCUAAAAGAAAACAAAAAUAUCGGUGAUGCUGAAAGAAUGUUCAUACAAGCUAGGUUCUUUGCACCAGAUAAAGCCAAAGCACUUGUGGACCGUUAUUCAAGAUGAAAAUUUUUAUGGAUGUUAAUGGUAAAGGUAUGCUCUGUAAGAAAAUAUGAAGCAAAGGAUGAAAUAUGUAAAUAAGGAAAAAUUCCAAUGAUAUCUGUAGUGUGUCAAAGAAGUUGUGAUCAGUAGAGAAAUACACAAAAUAGCAUAUAGAAUAUUUGAAAUUUUAAAUGUUUU